GUUCUAAUGAGAAUUCAUCUCUUUCAAACCAAGUUUCUCUCUGAACUUCCUCAAGGUCUUUCAAUCUUUUCAUGGUAUCGGAGCUUCAUCGGCUCUCUUAACUGUGUAAUCUUCACCAUUAUUGGUUCAAUUUAGCAAGUUCGUCAUGUCUGCUUCUCCCUCCACCGCUGGAGCUGUUAUUGAUGCCACUAUUGAUGCCCUAAAAUCAGGUGAUACUUCCUCUGUUCUUUCUCCAGUAGUUUCAAAUGUCCAGGAUGACCCACUUAUUCUCACAACUGCCGAUUAUGCUUUGAACAAGUUAAUCUCACUUGCUCUCCUCGGUGAAGAGAACUAUCACGUUUGGAGCCGCACUCUUUUUACUGCUUUUGAAGCCCGCAACAAGCACAGCCUACUAGAUGGCUCUAUCCAUCACUGGAUCUUGAUAACCCACGUUAUGGGGCUUGGAAAAGAUGUAAUAGUCUUUUGGUCACCUGGAUCUUAAAUUGUGUCUCUUCCACCAUUGGUGCUAGCCUUUCGAGUUCCACCACAGCUCGUCAUCUUUGGUUGGAUUUAAAGACCAGAUAUGCAUCAUCUAAUGAUACUCGGGUGUAUGAACUACGUCAAUCCAUGGCAACUGCCCGUCAGGGAACACUCACUGUGACUGAAUAUUAUACUAAGCAAAAAGGUUUUUGGGAUGAGCUUAUUUACUACAAUAUCAUUCCUGAUUGUAGUUGUGGUGCUCAAGUUGGCCUUGAGCGAUAUCAACAAAAGGAGGCAACCAUGUUAUUUUUGAUGGGUUUAAAUGAGUGUUUUACAGCUGUUCGCAGUCAGAUUCUAUCACUGGAUCCUUUACCUAUGUGGACAAAGGCUUUGGCUAUCGUUUUGCAUGAGGAACGUCAAUUGUCCUUGACGCAUUCAGCUACUCCAUCAAUCGAGUUGGCCUCUGCUAUGGCGAUCAAGGCUGAUACUGGGAAAGGUGGAAGUUCUGGUUUUCAAGGAAAACGUGAAAAUCUAGUCUGCAAUUACUGUCAUAAGCAGGGACACACGGUUGACAAAUGCUACAAAUUGCAUGGAUACCCUCCCGGGCAGCCACGACGUCAACAGAGACCCAAUUAUGGAUCUCGUAAUGAUAAAGGUCACUUUGCUAAUCAUUCAGCCAUGACUGAACCAAUGGAUUCAGCACCACACUCUUCUCAAAUGUCUCCGGACUUGUGUAAUCAAUUGAUGAACUUUCUCAAAUUGAAUUCUACUAUGACCCAGAAUGUUGGACAGUCUCAACAAGGUGGCGGUGUGAGCUCUUCUUCCCCCAAUCUUUCAGGACUCAGUCACCUCGAAGAAGAUUGGAAUGGGGAACAUGCUUAAAGGAUUGUACCCUCUGCGUUCAUCUGCAGCCCUAGUUCAUUCUGUUUUGCCUCCAUCCACCAUUUCUGACAAGUCUAUGAUAUGGCAUCACAGAAUGGGGCAUCCAUCAUCUUCAGUCAGCACAUUGUUGCCCAAACCUAUGUCUGAUUCUUUUGAUUUUUGUUCUAUUUGCCCUCUUGCAAAGAUGAAGCGCAAAUCUUUUGGAAUUAGUGUCUCUGAAACUUUCUCUUCUUUUGAAUUAAUACAUGUAGACAUUUGGGGUCCUCACUCCAAAAUUUCUAUUGAUGGUUAUAAAUAUUUUCUUACCAUUGUUGAUGACUUCAGUAGAGCCACUUGGGUUUA